AUGAAUAAAAUUGAAGCAGGAGAGUAUUAUGAUGAAAAAUAUGGAAGAAGAAAUAGGACUCCCGAUAACAACAUUGACCAACAGAACCAACAAAUGCAAGUGUUGUAUGCUAGUUUUGAAAAAUUGACCACUACUCUGGCUACUUAUAUAGAAUUCAUAAAACCUCAGACCACGUAUAGAAACAAUAAUGGCAAUUACAAUGGAGAUAGAAACGGAAAUAAUAAUAAUAAACCAAACCUAGAAUCAAUCUCAGGACUGAACUCGAGACCAAGACAACCUAGUAACUCAAAUUUUACAAAGGCCAAGGGACGUGAACCACAUCA